AUGGAAGACUGUAAUAGCUAUCAACUUCGCUCUGGCCAUAACGAAUUUGCUUACCAAAAAGAUUCUCGAUGGUGGCAUGAGCCGUAUAGUCAUCAUGUGUACCGUCAGGCUAUUUCUGCCGUUUCCUUGGCUCCGGUUGUCUACUUUUGGGAGAGAAAAACUAGAUCCAAGCUCACAGCUGGUGUUUUAUGCCAGCUUUCCCUCGAUGCUGUUACAGGGGCAACCCUCUGUUUGUACUCUUUCCUUCUUGGACUUGAAUAUACUUCUUCAACUUUCACUUGUGCAUUCAUCAACAUGGUCCCUGCAAUUACCUUUACGUUGGCCCUACCAUUUGGUCUAGAGAAGGUGAAUCUCAGAAACAAGGCCGGGGUUACGAAGGUUAUCGGUACAUUGGUUUGCAUCGAUGGAGCUGUGGUGCUGACACUUUACAAAGGGAAAACAUUGGUGGGAUUGGAUUCGGGGGGUGCGGUUCAUGCUGAAAACUAUGCUGAUCCGAUGGUUUCGAGUAAGAAUAAGAAAGAGAGAUGGGCCAUCGGUUCCGUAUUUCUGGCUGCCGGUACCGUCUUUUUGUCGUCAUUGUUCGUUCCGCAAACCAGAAUCGGAACGACAUAUCCAUGCCAAUAUUCUAGCACUGCAAUUUUGUCAUUCUUCAGUGCAAUUCAAUCAGCCAUCAUAAGUUUGAUAACAGAGAGGGACUUUACCAGAUGGAUCUUGAAGGGAAGACUCGAACUCUUAUCGGUGGCUUACAGCGGAAUGGUGGGAUCAGGGUUGUGCUAUGUGGGAUUGUCCUGGUCUGUGAAACAAAAAGGUCCGGUCUUCACGUCAACCUUCACGCUACUGGUGCAAAUAUUUGUAGCCAUAUUUGAUUUCUCCAUUCUACAUGGACAAAUCUACUUUGGAAGCGUUAUCGGAUCAAUUUUAGUUGUAAUCGGAUUAUAUAUCCUGCUGUGGGGCAGAAACCGUGAGGCCGAACAAACUCAACAGUUGAAACAGACUCAAAUAGAAGAACGCAGUAAUUGAA